AUGUCCAGCCCUGAAAUCACCCCGUCAGGAAGACACAAUAUGUACCCGCCGCCUCGGUCGUUUCCGCUCGGAAAGGCGAACAUCUCUCAGCCCUCUGAGGAGCUCCAUGCUGUUAGCACUUCACUACCGACUUGGGACAUGGUGUUGGCCAUGGCCCGCAAAGAGAGUUGGAUAUUAGAGACGGUCGAAUGGGGCUAUCCACGGGACCUCUCGAAUGCCGUCCUAAGCCGACUCCGGGUGACUGAUGCACAGAUACGAUGUAUGGUAUUCAGUUCUGGAAGAGCGGCUCAACAAUGUGCUACGGUCCUCAAGGCCUCCUGGAUGGAGCGCUCGAUGGUCGAGGUAGUUGACUUCGUCAUGUCUCCUGCCUCUGACGUGGAACAUGGAACGGCCUAUUGGGCGCAGUUCUCGGUGAUAUUAUUCCCGGAUGCGCUGUGGAGCGAGGCCAUGAACUUCUGGCGUGAUACUGGUACUGGGAUUUCCACACGACAUGCUCUUUUCUGUCUCGAGGAAUUAUGCUACCUGGAGUCCAAGUCCCCCAACCCGGCAUACCAAACUGCCCCUCCAUGCCAAAGGGGGAGCCAGCCCAGCUCCCCACUCCACAUGUCGGUGCGCUCGGCUCUCGCUAGCAUCCCCGUAGUAAAAUCAUUUAUCGCGCAGCUAGCUACCUCUGAGCAGCCCGGGCAACCUCCGGUACAGUCGGGGGAUGUUUUCCUGUACCCAAAUGGGACAAACGCGAUAUAUGUACUAUCGCAGAUGUUGGCCUCGUACAAGGCAGAAUCCACAGUUGUGGCAUACGGGUGGCUAUAUCCCGAAACAGUCAAGGCACUCCACCGAUGUGCUUGGAAAGAAUGCGUCUCAUAUAAAUACGGAACGGAAGCGGAGUUGGAUCAACUGGAGAGCAUGCUUGCCUCCGGUCGACGGGUUGAUGCACUGUUUUGCGAGCUGCCGAGCAAUAUCAAACUGUCCUCACCCAACGUUUUCCGGAUACAAGCCCUUGCGGAACGGUAUGGUUUUAUCAUCGUGUGCGACGACACAGUUGCCGGUUAUGUGAAUAUCGAUGUUCUUCCUUACGUGGACGUUAGCGUUUCAAGUCUGACAAAGACUUUCAGCGGGGCUUCGAACGUCACUGGAGGAUGCCUUGUGGUCAACCCCAGCUCUCGCCAUUACAGUAGAAUUCAUGGAGAUUUAUACGCGGAGUAUGAGAGUACCUACUUCCCGAUGGACGCGGACGUUCUCCGGAACAACAGCAAGGACCUGGUCUGGCGGAUGAAGCGAUGCAGUGACAACGCACUUUCUCUAGUGAAUCUACUCCAGAGUCACCCAUCGAUCGCUCAGGUCAACUAUCCUUCCACAUCGCCCACUGGGUCGUUAUAUAAGCGCCUGAUGCGCAAAGGCGGUAGCGACGGCAAUGUCUUGAGUAUCGUUUUUCGGGACCCACGCAAUGCAGAGCACUUUUAUAAUACCCUGCAAGUAUGUAAGGGUACAAGCUUUGGAACAAAUUUUACCUUGGCUCUUCCAUAUGUUCAGUUGGCAAACUACCUGACCCGUGACAAGGUCGGGAAAUACGGUGUGCCACAGCAUAUUAUUCGGCUGAGCGUUGGACUUGAGGACAAGAAACAGCUUCUCCAGGCUGUGGCUACUGCCCUUGGAGAAGUCGAAAGGCUUGAACCUUGA